GCCAGUUAGCCAGCAAACUCGAUUGCCCACAAUGAAUCCAAUCGUCUGCGCGCUACUGUUCAGUUUGGUGGCGGGUCUAGCCCUCGCCGAGAAGUCGGACUAUUGUCUGAGCGAGAUCGUCAAGUCGGACGAGAGGAUCCGUUCGCACGGAUAUCCCACGGAGACGCACGAGGUGACCACCGAGGAUGGCUAUGUGCUGACCCUGUUCCGCAUCCCCUACUCCCACAAGCUGAAGAACCAGAACGAGAAGCGACCACCAAUCCUGCUGCAGCACGGAUUGUUCAGUAACUCGGACUGCUGGCUGUCCUCCGGACCGGACAACUCCCUGGCCUACCUGCUCGCGGAUGCCGGAUACGAUGUGUGGCUGGGCAAUGCCCGUGGCAAUAUCUACUCGCGAAACAACGUCCUCAUCUCGCUAAACAGCCACAAGUUCUGGCACUUCGACUGGCAUGAGAUCGGCACCAUCGACAUCCCCGCCAUGAUCGACUACAUCCUGGCGGAUACCGGCUACGAUCAGAUUCACUACGCCGGACACUCGCAAGGAACCACUGUGUACCUAGUGAUGCUCUCCGAGCGACCGGAGUACAAUGCCCUCAUUAAGUCCGGACAUUUGCUGGCUCCAUGUGCCUUCUUCGAGCACGGAACCUCCUUCAUCUUCAAUGCCCUCGGUCCCUUGGUGGGUACACCCGGUGGCAUCUGGAACCAAUUGCUGGUGGACACCGAACUGAUCCCGCACAACAACCUGGUUAACCGAUUGGUUGACAACGGUUGCCAUCUGUCCAACUCGAUCUGCAACAACGCCUUCAUCAUGUUUGCCAAUGGCGGAUACGUUAAUUCCAAUGCGAGCUCCAUGAACGUCCUGAUCGAAACCCAUCCGGCUGGGUCCUCCAGCAACCAGGGCAUCCACUUCCUGCAGCUGUGGAAGUCCCUCAAGUUCCGCCAGUACGACUGGGGCACCAAGAAGAACAACGAGCUGUACGGCCAGGAUCUGCCUCCAGAUUACGAUCUCAGCAAGAUCGUCGCACCCACCCACUUGUACUCCAGCAACAACGAUGCCCUUUGCGGACCCGAAGAUGUUAAUACCCUGGUGGAGAACUUCCCGCACCUGACGGAGGACUACCGUGUGCCCGUCCAGAGUUUCAACCACUUGGACUUCAUCAUUGCCAAGAACAUGAAGGAGCUGGUCAACGAUCCGAUCAUCGAACGCAUUAACACCUACGAAGGUCGCUAGAAAUCGGCCAAUAAAAGAACCCAUAAUGCACCGAUUU